UUCAGAGGAAGAACGCAAUAUGGACGAUAAAUUGAUGUGCGAUGAAGUGCAUUUGCGUACAUUAAGCCAGUCGCCGCUGGCGCUGCAACGCCAACAACAACGCAGACUAAGCAACCACAGCACGCGCAGUACAGCAACAAAAACCCUAACACCAAUACUGCGACGGCGCUGUUCAGGCGGAAAUGCUGUAACUAACAGUAAUGAAUGCGAGCAACCACGCCCCCCGCUGGCGCAACACGAGAUACUCGACGACGAUGAACCCAAAUGUCAGCGGGUGCGUGUGGACAAACCCACAAACAUGUCGCUGAACCUCGAUGUGACCGAUAAUGGCGAUAGCGGCGUGGGUGGCGACGAUGAAACUGAAGCAGAUGCCGAUGCCGAUGCCGAUGCCGAUGCAGAUGCAGAUUGUGGUCUCACUAAUCCGGCGGCACAAAUUGCGGACGACAACGAUGAAGCUGUGAAGGCUGAUGUGAGCGAUGAGGAUGUUAUUGACAGCAGCAUAUUGCGUGUGAAGCAAUUUCCCGAUAUGUCAAAAAUUCCACGACUUCCUGGCGAUGGCGCACAAAUGGAUGAUCAGCAGCCAGCCACUAACACCACAGCAAUAGCAUCGAAUUUGCGACGACCCGCAGUACACCUAUGCGUAUACUUAAUGCCCGAAUUAUGCCUCGAAAUUCUGUAUUUGUCUAUUUUUUUCAAACAGGGCAACGGUACUUACAACGCCCUAACGGAUAGCGAUUCAGAGGAUGUGAAAUUGUCAACGGCAAUUACCUGGUCCGUUUGCUGUAUUGUAGCCAAUGUAAGCAUUUGCUGUUUGGGCUUUUGGAGAUGCUUUGCCAACAACUAUUUGCACUGGGCAGCCGUAUGUACAUGGGUUUUAAUGAAUAUACAAGGUUUCGUUGGACAAGGUAUUGGCUUCACGUAUCGCGAAUACUUGGUCUGGUACAUCCUGUUCGUGAUAUUUGUGCCGUAUGCAAUGCUGCCGUUGCCACUGAAAUGGUGUGUCGUCGGCGGUACCAUCACAGCUAGUUGUCAUCUGGCCGUAAUUACCAUAAUUAAAGUUAGACGGAAAGAACAAGCUGAUUGCAUUGUAUUUCAAAUAUUCGCCAACUUCAUUUUGUACACGGCAAUUAAUGUGGCUGGCAUGUACACCAAGUAUCUGACGGACCGUGGGCAGCGCCUUGCUUUCAUCGAGACACACAAAGCGAUGGAACAUAAAAAAGAGUCGGAAAAGGAAUUGCAACGAACACAAAAAUUGCUGGACUCAA